GUCAAAGUUAUGUCUCGGCAAGUGUGAAAUGUUGACCAUUACAUUUAUUUAAGAACGGAGGAAGUAUCAGAGGAUUGUACGAUUUAGAGAGCCCUUUUUUGGACAAUUUGGAGACCCCUUUUGUUAACAGUUUUUUUUUAAUCUUUCAUAGAAACAUUUAUGAGAAAAUUAUCAAAUAAGCUCUGUACUAUAUCAGAAAACUCAAUUAAACUCCUGUAUUUUGAAAACACCAGAUUAAACUCUCGAACUUCUAAAAAACGUUCAAUGAAGCGUUUUAGCCGGUUAAGAAUCGAUUUCCCGGUUGCCUCCUGGCAGGCCACGUGGCAGUUAUUUUCUUUAUUUUUCCUUAUUUUUCUUCUUUUGGUUUUCUUUCUUUUUUCCCUUUCCUUUUCUUUUCUGGUUUUGCGUCGAUCCUCAUUUUCAUCUUCCAAGGGAUCUUACUUUCCAUCGUCACUUCUCUUUCUCUUUCUUUUUCGUUUUUUCUUUCUUGAUUUCUUUCUCUAUAUGUUUCUUUUUUCCAUUUGCAGAGGAGAGAGGAUGUCUUCGCAUGAGAGAGAAUGUUGUCGCCGAAUUUGCUGCCGGAUUUUGCCAGAGAUUAUGGCAAGAAUAGUCGCGUUUGUUCUGAACCUUCUAUUCGGCGGAAGAAGUCGCCUGAGCUUAUGACAAAGCCGCCAAGGAGUUCUGAGGAACCAAGUAUAUUUUUUUCGAUACCGGGAGAUCUCAAAUUGAGAUUCUCAAUUUGCAGUUCGAUUUGAGCCUAAAACAACAGGGGUGAAUGGCCUCAGUCUGGACCAGCUCCAUUGAGUACUCUUCUUGUUCACAUAGAGGAUGUCGGUGAGUGCGCGCCAUCUUGGAGUGGCGGAGCGAUGCAUCGGGUUGGAGCAGUGGGGCGGUGGAGCUGUGCGUCGUCUUAGAGGCAGAGCAGCAGACCUUUUCCAUUUGAUGAAGUCCUUCCAUUCUAUCUCAUGAAGUGAAAAGAAGAAGAAGAUGAUGAAUGAGAAUGGAGGAGAUGGCUGGGCGGCGGCAAGAUUGGGACGGAGGUGCGCCGCUAGGCGGCGGAUGUAGGUUGGCGUAGGGACGGAGGAACGCGGCUGGGCGGCGGCACGCAAGGAUCGGGAUGGCGGCGGCGCACAUGGAUUGGGAUGCCAGAUUCCAUGUCUAGGGAUGGCGGCGGAGCCCAUAGAUCGGGACAGUAGUGGCACACAUGUCUAGAGACGGCAGCGGGGCAAGAGUGUGGCUGGGCGGCGGCGGCGAGCAAGCGCGCGGCAGGAGUGCAGGACGAUGGGGUGGGCAAGCAUGCGGCUGGAUGGUGGUGGCACGACUGGACGAUGACGGUUGGACAACGGUGGCACGACUAGAAGAUCGCAACAGAGAAGCUUCUUCUGGGUCUACCAUUCUACUUAUGAUCGCAUGUUUUGAUCAAUUGUUAGGGAUGAGUGGUGGAGUAUUAAAAAUACGGAGCAAUACAUAGUAACUAUAUGGAAGUACAUUUUUUGUUUUCUGGUAUUCAAUUAAAGGGUAAAUGUGGA